GAGCACGCUUCAGUUCCAUGACCAUGAACCCACUCGAGGGUGCGCCCUCCUCCAGGGCCCUGCACGCGGGGCGCGGGCCCCGAAGGCUCUCCAUUGAAGGCAACAUUGGAUGGCACUACCCCAAAUCUUGGAAACUUGCUGGACAUGAUGUACCGAGAGCCAAUGCGAUGGUCUUACACAUUCCAGACAUUUUCCUUUAUGAGCCGCCUGAAAGUACAGCUGGAGCCCUUCCCUGAGAAACUUUUACAGGCCAAGAAGCCCAUACAGAUCUUUGAGAGGUCUGUGUACAGUGACAGGUAUAUCUUUGCAAAGAAUCUUUUUGAAAAUGGUUCCCUCAGUGACGUUGAAUGGCACAUCUAUCAGGACUGGCAUUCUUUCCUCCUGCGGGAAUUUGCCAGCCGGCUCUCAAUACAUGGCUUCAUCUAUCUCCAGGCUUCUCCCCAGGUUUGUUUGAAGAGACUGUACCAGAGGGCCAGGGAGGAAGAGAAAGGAAUUGAACUGGCCUAUCUUGAACAGCUUCAUAGUCAGCAUGAAGACUGGCUUAUUCACAAGACAACAAAACUCCAUUUAGAAGCUUUGCUGAACAUUCCAGUGCUGGUGCUGAAUGUCAAUGAUGAUUUUUCUAAAGAAGUAACCAAACAAGAAGAAUUCAUGAGAAAGGUAAAGACCUUCAUAAAGAAUCUGUAACCAGUAUUAAGAUGUUCUGGCUGUGAUCUGGGCUCUCUGACUUUCUGGAGCUAGAAAAUGUUGAGACUCCCCUUUCAAUCCCCAUUGCUUUUUACCCUGGAGUACUUUGACACUCAGAGAUACGGUGUGUGCUCUCUCUAGACUUUGCCAUUGUCUUUUUUUAAUAUCUCAAGGACUUUGAAAAUAAAUGGACUUAAUUAAGUUUUAUUUAUUUUUCUAAUUCAGUUGUUUGUUUAUUUCAAGAUGUAUCCUUACUGCCUGCUCUGAACUCCCUGAUAGAUUAGCAGUUUUCACCUGUUUUUCUUCCUCUGGAAUCCUUCAUGAACCAGACUUCCUGUGUAUUCAUUUCUUCCUUUUGACAUUCCAGAGCCUUCACCCAAGCCCUGCAUAUCAUGAAGAAGGGAAAUAAAAUAGCUCAGGAGUGGGUGGGCACCCAGGUUUGUGAGCCCCCAGAACUGGGAAAGGAACCCCAAACUCCAGGAAGCUUCUUUAUCUCUUCCUAUCUGCUGCUUUUGGAGGUGAGGAACUUAGUCUUUUGUCUUAGAUCCGAAAAGCUCCCCAAAAAGGGAGAGAACAUAAAGAGCCCAAAAUCUCAGCAUCUAACAUGUAGGGUUCAGCUAUCCUGGCACUCUUGCUUUCUCUAACCUUAUCCAGAGAGUUUUAGCUGACCUUAAUGGAGUUAAACUCUCUGCAGGAAAGAAAAGGAAAUAAUCUUUUGUGCUGUUCAUCAAGCUUGAAGGACAGUUUAUUGUUAAGGGAGAGAAAAUACAUAACUAUAGAAUUGAAGUGCUACAUUGCAAGAAGCCUAUAGGUCCAUGAUUCACCGGGAGUGGAUUUCCAGCACUGAACCAUUGUCAGUUCUGCAGGCACAAAGGAAAAUGAAUGAACUUGGGACACAGAGUGUCCUAGAAGACAGAAAUCUGUGUUUUGUUCUUUAUGCUUUGAUAAAAAUGAUUGUGAGGCUGGUUUCUAACAUAU